ACACUAGCAGCAGUGUACCACGUAGGCUCCUUCGGUUUGUGGGAUGCUGCUAUUCCCACAGCCACAUUUUGUUUUUCUCUCUGCUGAUCUGAACGUAUUGUGUUGGCUCUGCAGAAAUGCCGAGUCUCUCUUCCCUUUGCGGGUGUUAAUACCCUUUGUUGGUAGGGUUUACUGACGUCACGAGGCAAUGGCUGAGCCCGAAGCCAGGAGCUGCUGAGUAGAUGUGCUGAUUUCACCUUCACCAGUAGCAGCAGCAGCAGCAGCAGCAGGCUGUUGUCACAGAACUGAACCUUGUUUUGACUUGCAGAGAACAGGAUUGCUGGACUGGGCAUUGACGGCAAAGCCCCCCUCCCAAGCCACUGUGUCUCCAAGUGGACAAAUGAAACAGCUUCAGGAAAUGGAGGAAGAAUAAACCCAAGAGGCUUUGGAUUUAUAAUGCAAGCAGCUUUUGCAGGAUCCCUAGCCACCUUCUUCUCCUGCUUUGGGAUUUAAGACCAUGUCUGUUCGCAUUGUAGCCUUUGGAAAUGAAAGAGGUGGCUUUCCUGAGGAUGAUCAGCAGAGAAGUCUGAUCUGGACCUAUCUUGGGAGGAGUGCUCUGGUUUCAGAGACCGACAGCAGUUUGUUGCUAAACUCUGCCAACUACGUUAGAAAUCCUGCAUUCACUGAAUAUCAAGCCUGUGUGUUUGGAAAUGUCAGAUUGGUGGUACAUGACUGUCCUCUUUGGGAUAUUUUUGAAAGUGACUGGUACACAUCUCGGAACCUUAUUGGAGAAGCAGAUAUCAUUGUGAUUAAAUACUCUGUAAAUGACAAGUCUUCAUUCCAAGAAGUAAAGGAGAUUUAUGCACCACUGAUUAAAAAAGCUCUAAACCACUGUUCAGUUCCAGUCAUAAUUUCUGCUGUUGGUGCAAGGCAAAACGAAGUUCCCUGCACUUGUCCUUUGUGUAUCUCAGACAGAGGGAGCUGUGUUACGGCUUCUGAAGGGAUCCAGCUUGCUAAAGAACUAGGAGCUACUUAUUUGGAACUGCACAGUCUCAAUGAUUUUUAUAUAGGGAAAUAUUUUGGAGGAGUGCUUGAAUAUUAUAUGAUACAAAGCUUGAAUCAGAAGUCAUCUGAAAAAAUGAAGAAAAGGAAAAAAAGCCAUAAAUGCCCGGGAGUCAAACCACCUCAACUUGAUCAGCCAGAAAAAAUGCCAAUUUUAAAAGGUGAAGCCUCACAUUACGAUUCCGAUUUGCAUAACUUGCUGUUUUGCUGCCAGUGUGUGGAUGUGAUAUUUUACUCUGAAGACUUGAAGGAGGUAGCAGAAGCUCACAGGAUUGUUUUAUGCUCUAUUAGCCAUGUCUUCAUGCUACUCUUUAAUGUGAAGAGCCCUGCUGACAUUCAGGAUUCUUCUAUCAUUAGGACUACUCAGACCCUUUUUGCAGCAAACCAGGAAGCUUUGUUUCCCAUUUUAAAUCAUGGCUCAUCAUGCAAUUCACCAGUAAGAGUCAUUGUUAAAGACUCUUUCUUCUGUUCUUGUUUGUCAGACAUUCUGCACUUCAUUUAUUCAGGUGCUUUCCAGUGGGAAUUAUUGGAAGAACAUAUAAAAAAGAAACUGAAAGAUCCUGAGAGUGUUGAGCUUGUCCUUGAAAGAGUAAAAUGUAUUUUGAAAGUCCCAGGAAAGGUUAACAGCUCACGGAAUUGCAGAUCGUAUUUAUCAAAAAGACCUUUACAGUUAUGUAACAGCUCCCUCAGGCAUUUCUUUAAUACAACUGUAUUAGCUGAUGUCAUGUUCAAAAUCCAAGGUGCCACAGUGCCAGCUCACAGAGCAGUCCUGGUGGCUCGCUGUGAGGUAAUGGCAGCUAUGUUUAAUGGUAACUACAUAGAAUCAAAUAGUUUUCUGGUUCCAGUUUAUGGAAUUGCCAAAGACACUUUCCUGUCUUUUUUAGAGUAUCUGUAUACUGACUCCUGCUGUCCAGGCAGCAUCCUGCAAGCGAUGUCCCUUUUGAUUUGUGCAGAGAUGUACCAGGUGUCAAGGCUCCAGCACAUCUGUGAGCUUUACAUUAUCACACAGCUACAGAGCAUGCCCAGUCGGGAAUUAGCGUCAACAAGCCUGAGUGUUGUUAGCUUACUUCGAAAAGCUAAGUUUCAUAAUUCUGAUUGCCUUUCCAACUGGCUUCUCCAUUUUAUUGCUUCUAAUUACCUAAUCUUCAGUCAAAAACCUGAUUUUGAAGAUCUUUCAGUGGAAGAACGCAAUUUUGUUGAGAUGCAUAGAUGGCCAUCUAGUAUGUACCUGAAACAACUUGCAGAAUACAGGAACUACAUUCAUUCUCGGAAAUGCCACUGUCUAGUAAUGUAAACUGAAAAAGGACCCUUCUUUAUUUACAAAGAGGAGAGUCACAGGGCAGUAAUCAUGUCAGGAAUCUUACAACUUCACAAGAUGGAGAGCAAAUCCUUGUCUGAAUUCCAGUGAAAUGAUAUAUAUAUAUAUAAAAUAUUGCACUUGGUAAUGCAUAACUACUGUGCUUUUUAGCAGCAUGUGAAAACUGUUUGUAGGACAGCAUCACCAUUUAACCAGGAAGUGGCUCUGUUGUGCAGCUGGGUCUGAUUUUAUUUUUUUAAUAUAUAGAGAGAAAGAGACUUUUUUUUCUCAUGCUAUGCUAUUUCAGGUAUUUUUUAGAUGAAUAUGGUCUGUGGCCUUCCAGAGUUUGGACAGCAACAGUCUUAGCCAGUGAGUAGAUCAUCUCUGAUUUGGAGCCUGGAGUGCUAAGAUUUGAAGAAAACCUACCCCUUUUCCAGAUGGGUUUCUGUAAUUACCUUCGAGCCUUUUGAGAAUUCUGUAAAAGUUGUUAGUAGUGCAUUUCUAUUUGAGAAAUUCACAAGUGUAGCUGCCCCCAGUAGCUGCAUUAAACCUGUGUAGUAGUGUAAAAAUACAUAAAAAUAACUGAUGUUUAACUUCAUUGAGAUGUCUAACUGAAAUAGCACCAAUAAUUUAUUGCUGAUCAUGUUGUAGAAAGCAAGAGACAAUUGCAGAAUAGGCUGUUUUGCAUUUUUCUGUUCCCAUUGUAAUGUUUUUCUACAAAGUUGUUUUCUAAAUUAUUUAAGUAGAGGGCCAAAAAUUAAACUUGGCUAGAAGUCUAGGUUAGUACUUUCAAAGUAAAUAACCAAUUAACUUUUAACAUUUUCCACAUAAAUUCCUUUAUGGAAAAUGUUCUAAAAUUACAUCUGUGAAGGCAGGCUUCUCUGUCUGUGGGAAGGAACCAAAAAAGGCCUUGUGGUUAUUGUUUUGGUCCUUGAAAGAAAGGUAAGAGAGUUAGGAAUAACAUCUUUUACAAAGGCAGAAUUUAGUAAGAUUUAAAGGAUUUUUAAAAAAAUCUAAAUUAGGAUAAUUUAAAAGGUUCUCAAGCCACAAAAGACAAGCUCUAGCAAAACCCAAAGAAGUCUGUGGAAUGAGAAACGCUUGUCUAGAGGAGUGGCAGGGAAAAAUAACUGAAGAGCCAGAGUAUCACCAAUAAAAAGUGGCAUUGUGGGUCAUGUGAACACUGCCUUUCCUGGGCAGAUUGGAGUAUGAUCCAUGCCUGGGUGUCUUCUUUUCUAUGGAAAAUAAUAAAUAAUUAUGAUAAGUGAUCCAGUGCUUCAUUUUCAAAAGAGUACCUUAUGUCUCGAACUUCUCCAAGAACAUGAGUCUGUCCUUGCAAGUAUUCUCACUAGAAACCUGCAAGCAGCCUGUGUGCCAACAAAGCUAAAAUCCCAGAGGACUUGUGGUUUAUAUUUUGAAGUGCUGGGUAGGAGAAGGUAGGAUCCUGAAAGACUUUUCUGCUCUGGCCACUGCGGAUCCAAAACUUGAAGAUUCAGAGGAGCCUAAACACACUGCUCAAUGCCUUCUGUCAUCCCAUUCUCCCUUUCAUCUAUGACACUACUACUAUUCCCAGAGAACCUGCUCACCAGCAGGACAUUCCUGCCGCUUAUCAGUUCAUUUCAUGUCACACUGAACCAGUCAGACUGCAUUGAAACAGUGUGACUGGACUGUUUAGGAAGCAAACGUAUUAGAUGCCCUCUUAGGAAGAUGAAGGUGCCCCUCAUUGCCUUGUGAGGCUUUGUAUGUGUACCAUUGGCUUGUUUCACAAGAUCCCUGAACAAACAGAGACCUUUCAACCAGGAAAAUCUUGGCAUGCAUCACAUACUUUGGGACAAUGCAAUACACCAAGCUUGGCUUCUGUAUAACCCACAUAAUUCAUGUAAAUAGUGCUUUGUAUUUUUUUAAACUUCUGAUUCAUUUAUGAAGCUCUUACAUCCUCAUUAAUGGGAUUGCCAGUAUAUGCUUUAAAAAGCAUUUUUUGGUAUUUUUGUUUGACGUACUGUAACUAAUAUGCAAAUAUACAAAAUAGAAUCAAUCACAAGUUGUUUCUUUAAUUGUAAAAUUAAAAUACAUUCUUGGUACAUCAGUAGGGUGCGCAUGAAACUUUCCCUUUCAUUGCAGUGUUUACUUGCUUGCCAAGUAUGCAAACUCAAAAAUAGUUGGUAAUUCCUAACUUGCACUCGUUUCCUGCAUGUGCUAGAUAGAUUUUGCAUACUAUAGCCACAUUAAGCCACAAAAUAGGUUAAAUAAUUUAUUCUAGUGAUUUUGCUAUUUAAACCUAGGAAUAGUCUUCUUAAGUAAAGAGGUUUUGAAAUCAGAACUGGUUCUAGAAUAUUGGAAGUGGGUGGCCACAUGAUGAUGUUGGCUAUUGGCAUAUACAUAUUGCACUCUGAAUUUUUAUACUCUAACCUAAGUUUUAUACUUCAGUCUAGGUUUUAUGGCCUCUUGUGGUAAAGUACUGCUUGUACAACAGUGAUUAUCUAUAAAAUGAUGGAAAUAAGCAGAACCACUAAUGUUCCUGCAGAUGGCAGGAAUCAAAAAUAAUAAUAUUCACCAUCUCCUAGAUCUGAGAUAAAUUAGUGGGGGUUUUAAGGAGUGGAAACCACACAUGGAGCAUUUGUUUAUAGUGUUUGAUUCCCAUGUAGUUUGGUAUAAUGUGCAUUAGGUACAUACAUUUGUAAAACUUUAAAUUCUUUUUUAGCUUGAGUAUGGGAAAACCCACGAGAUACUGACAUACACAUUAUCAAUUUUUAUGUUUAUUAUUAGUAAUAGCCUGAGAAAUCCUUGCACAGCUUGAUCUACCAAGUGAGCCAUAAAAGUGGCACAGAGCUCACAAUUUCCCUGUAUUAUAAUCCCCUCUCAGAUUGUUAAUUGCUGCUAUUCCUUCCACAGGUAUGGAGUCAUGGUAUAACAUUCCUAAAGUUUCUCUUCUGAAGUUUCUUGGCCAAUUAAUACAGCCAUUCUCUGCCCAUCUAUCUUUAAAUAAACCUAACAAGUUCAAUUGUGUUUACUUCUGAGAAGAUACAUAUGUAGUUCAUUUGAAAGAAAACCUACAAUAACUUCGGCUUUUCCAGUAAUAUAGUUAUUAGUAAGCUGGCAGAGUUCACAUAUUGAAGGGAUUAUUUUAAAAGUCUAUUUUUAUAAGAGAAUCAUUUCAAAUAACAAGACUGUUAUAAUUUCUUAAAUGACGUUAUCACUACGUGCUAAUUUCAAACCAGUAUGACGAUUAUAGAGAGACAAUUCUAGGAUCCUCAUAAGAUUCUUUGUUACAGAACUGUCACACAGAGAAAGAUGUUUUGGGUAAAAGAGAUAUUUUAUUAUGGCAUGUGUUGAAAAUGUAAAAAUAAUUUCUGAAGUUAGAAGGUGCUUUUCAUUCACAAAAUUUUAAAUGUAUUAUUUAACACCACAUUAAAAACACAAUAAAACGUUUUUUUCUUAA